AUGGAUGCGCGCGAUGGGGGGGUGCGCGCGCGCGCGGCGGCGGCGCAGGCGUUGGCGAGCGCGCGCGCGACGCGGACGUUGGCGUACGUCGAGUCGUUGCGUUGGGAGGCGAACGGGUGGGGGGUAGGGGGGGUGGCGGCGGACGCGCGGGCGAGCGAUUCGAACGCGCGGACGAGCGAUUCGGAGGACGACGACGAGGACGACGACGACGACGAGGACGGUGAAGAAAGAAUGACGGGUGGUGUGUCGCGGUGUGUAGCCUGUGUUGAUUCCACCGUGAUCGCCGCGCGCGAUGGGGCGUCGGCGGACGGGGUGGAGCGACGUUUUACGAAACGCGCGGAACCGACGGCGCGAGAGGAGGCGCCUGCGGGCGUCGACGCGCUCUCGAUCAGCCACACGAUCUCGGCGUCCGUGAAGACGGGUGUGUUGUCGACGGUGUUAUCCGCGAAGUGGUUCACCGCGCUCGCGGUGGGCGCCACCGCGGUGGUGGCGCCGUACGUCAUGCGAACGUCGAGCGGGACGCCGUACGCGUCGCUCGCGCUCGGGUCCGGGCGGAACGGCGGCGUUCGGGCAAGAGAGCUCGCGCUCGAGAGCGACCGCGACAGAUACGGCGAAUACGGCGAGCGUUUGCGAGCGAUGGAGGCGACGGCUAAAGCCAACGUCGCGGUGAUGCGAGAUCGUCUCGGAGAACUCGAGGAGGAGCUUCGACGGGCGAAUGAAGAGCUCGAGCAAGCGCGCGCAGAGGCAAAAUCCUCAAAGAAGACGCGAAAGAGACUGAUGGAGGCGCAAGCCGAGGCGAGCGAGGCGAGCGCUCGAGAGGCGGCCACUAAGGCGGAUCGCGACGCGGUGUGGAAGGCUUUGCGAGGCCAGCUAGAGGAAGCGGCGAAGGCGCGCGCCGAGAUGGAGACAGAGGCCAUGGCGGUGACGGCAGAACUCGAGCAGGCCAAGGCGGCUCUCGAGCGAAUGACGACGUGCGGUGAUGGUAUCUUGAACAAAGACGCGAUGGAUGAAUUACGCGCCUCGCUCGCCGCCGCGGAAAACGUCAAGACUUCGCUCGAAGAGUCAGUCGAGCACCUGCGUCGACAGUUGAAUGAGACGUCGACGUCAAAAUCCAUCGCCGAGGAGCAGCGCGAGGCGCUUCGCGAGGAGGCGCAACGCAUCAAGAAUACCUUAUCGGCGAAAGAGUCGAGACUUACUGAGCUCGAAUCGCGCCUCCACGAGUCGGAGGAUAAAAUCACCUCGCUCUCAAAGGAGCUCGAUGCGAGCGACGAAAAACUUCGAGAGGCUUCGAAGCGCGCCAAGGACGUCGAGAGUAAGUUAUCCUACGAUGAAAACAAGUUUACUCGAGAGCUCACGAGGCUUCAAGAGGAAAUGGACGCGGCGAAGCGCCGCGCGAAUGUGGCGACGAGCGCCAUGGAAGAGGCAGAAAUAUCGCGAGAUGUCGCUCUGGAGGAGUUGCGCUUGGCGCAGGCGGACGCCGUCGCAAAAUCCGCCGAGCUCUCAAAAGUGCAAGACAUGAUUUCGCACGAAUCGAGCGCGGAGAAGCGUCGACUAGAGGAUGAGCACGCGAAACUUACGUUGCAACUCAAUCGUGCCGAGGCGGCGCUCUCUGAGUACAUCGUCGUGUCCGCGGCACAGCUCGAGUCGGUGGUCAGCGAGCAGCGCGUCGCUUUCGACCUGGAAGCGAAGUCUCUGCGCUAUAAGCUCGAUACGGCGCUUCAAGAGAUGGAAUUCGCAAAGAACGAGCUCGAAACGUUGGAAGUAGACUCGGCUGAAGUGCAGGGCUCGUGCAUGUCAGAUCUCACUCGCGUCUCGAACGAGCUUUCGUCCAGAAACGCGGCACUCGCGGAGGCGCAAGUGGCGUUGGCGGCGCUGGAAAAGGAAAUGACCGAGUUCAAGAGUGCCCGACAGGCAGACGAAGAACGCCUCGCUGCCGAGGAAGCGGAGCGUCAGCGCAUCGCUGCUGAAGAAGCAGAGCGUCAGAGGAUUGCCGCCAAGGAAGUAGAGCGUCAGCGCGUCGCCGCCGAAGAGGUAGAGCGUCAGAGGAUUGCCGCCGAAGAGGUAGAGCGUCAGAGGAUCGCUGCUGAGGAGGCUGAACGUCAGCGUCUUGAAGUCGAAGAAGCAGAGCGUCAGCGCGUUGCUGCUGAAGAAGCUAAAGCCGAACGUCAGCGCGCUCUAGCGGCUGCAGAGGCUGAACGCAAGCGAUUGGUAGCUGAAGAAGAGACGCGGCGAAAAGAAGCCGAGAUCGACGCGGUCAAGGCGAAACAGGCGCAAGCUGAGAAACGAGCGCAGAAGCUCUUGAAAGCGGCGAAGAAAGCCUACAGGCUCGCAGAAGACGCAAACACUCGAGCGAAAUCUCUUCAGGACUUGGCGUCCAGCGCCACGGGUCCGGAACGGGAAGAACUCAUCGCGCGAGCGAACGCGGCGGUGAACGCGGCCAACGAGGCUCAAGUUACGUGGGACAACGCCUACGCGCUUGCGAAGGACGCGAUGAAAGCGCUCGAGGACGUGAAAUAA